CUGGGUUCCGCGCUGGGAGGGCGAGGGGCGGGAUCGGACUCCUGGGUUCCUCGCCGAGCUGGGAGGCCGAUCCGGGCUGGGCCUGUGGCUGCCGGCGGGGCCCGGAACCGGCGGGAUGGGCUGCGGCCGCUGCGGGUUCGACUUGGGGCGCGGGCCCCAGCGCCUCAUGCGCUCUGGCAUUACCCUGAUCAUCCUGGGCCACUUGAACUUCAUCCUGGGGGCCAUCGUGCACGGCACAGUCCUGCGCCAUGUGGCCAACCCUGAGCGCACGGUCACCUCCGAGUACACGACCGCCAACGUCAUCUCCGUCGGCUCCGGGCUGCUGAGCAUCACUGCUGGGAUUGUGGCCAUCUUGGUGUCCCAGAACCUGCUCAAGGCAGCCCUGCACUGGGCCUUGCUGUGCGUCUCGCUGCUGAACUGCCUGCUCUCCGCUGCCUGCAGCGUGGGCUUGGCCCUGGCCGUCUCCCUCACCGUCGCCAGCAGGGGGCACCGCCUGAUCGUGGGCUGCAACAGCUCCGCCCUCCCAGCCGACGCCCGGGCUGCCAUAGCCACCAACGACUGCCCCUUCAACACCACCCGCAUCUACGACACGGCCCUGGCGCUCUGGUUCCCCUCCAUGGUGAUGGCUGCGGUGGAAGCGGUGCUUUCCGGCAGGUGCUGUGUGGUGUCCCUGAUCCUCCGCGGCAUCGGCCCCUGUGCAGACACCUACAUCCGCCAGCAGGCGCUGCUCCAGGAACCCCCCGGCCACGGCGGCCGGGAGCGGGUGAGUGAAGUGCCCGUCAUGCUGAUGCAGCCCGUGGGAGAGGCAGAACACAGGGCCAGGAGGAAGGGGGCAGCUGCCCCUCCCUGCAGACUGUUCCUGGGGGAGCAGGCUCUCGGCUGCUGUGGCAGGGCCCUGCUGGUAUCAGGGCUCCCGCGGCUGUCCCCCUCGUGCCAUGAGCGUGCCAGUCCUGCAGCUGCCAGCCCUCCUGGGGGUCUUCCCACCAUGCUGUGCUGCAUUCCCACCCCCCAUGGCCAUGGAGGAAGGGAUCCUGCCAGAGACACCAGCAGGGAGGGGCAGAGACAUCCGGACAGCCAGUGACCCCGCUGCAGGUGGAACUGGCCUUUCUCAGCACCCCUCCCUCCAGCUCUUCCCCUCAGCCUCACUCCACACUUGCCCCUUAGCUCGCCCCCUCCCACUCACACACCCAGCCAUGGCAUGAACCGGCCCUCGCCCUGGCACGCUGCGGGUGUGCUCGGCCUCAGGCCCUGCCAAGUCUGUGGUGCCAGGACAGGCCACGUCUCUGGGGCUGUCCUGCACCUAGCACAGGGGGCUUGGCUGGCCCUCAGGCACCAUCCGAAUAAACAUGGUUAAUAAACUCUC